GGGACAAAGAACACCAGGAUCCCGAACUUCACGUCGCCGUCCUUAGAUAUAGUUGCAAACCCUGGAGAGACAGUUAGAUUCCCAUGCACAGUGGACAAACUUCAGGGAUUUGUGUUAAUCUGGAAGAAAGGAGAAGAUAUAAUCUGCCUUGGAUCAACCCUUAUCAAUCAUGCUGGAACUCAUUAUCUUAUUGAAGUAGAAGAAGAAGGAAUCAGUUUAGUUCUCCGUGGAGUAUCGGAGAGGGAUCAAGGAGAAUAUGUUUGCCAGGUUUCUGCAUAUAAACCAUCAUUGAUGAAGCAUAAGCUUACAAUUAGAACAAAACCAGUUAUUCAGACAAUACCUCAAGGCUCUGUAAUAGUUAAGGAAGGAACUAAUGUAUCCCUACUGUGUACUGUACUAUCUGGAUCUCCGUACCCUAGUCUAACCUGGAGAAAGAAAGGAGAUGAAACCCACCUGGAAACUGAGAAUGUUGGUGAGCUGGUGCUGAGGAUGGUGUCCCGGCAUGAUAAAGGAUUGUACACAUGUACAGCUUCAAACGGAUACUCUGGAGACCCUGUUGUACAAUCUGUAGAGCUUUAUGUACAAUACGCUCCAGAGCUAUCCAUUGAUGAGAUUCAUAUGCCAGCUAGUGAACGGGAUGAUGUAGUAGAAGGAGAAGAAGGAGAAGACAGGGAAGAGGGUGAAGAAGAUGAUAUAAGGAUAGAACUAGUCUGUCGUGUCUCAUCCUUUCCGUCUGCCAUUGUUACCUGGAGUAAACUAACCAGCCAGCAACCCGAGAUAAUACCUGCAUACAGUCAGAGUAUAGGAUCUAUAGAUAGGUUUGUAUAUCCAGUAUACAGUCAGAGUAUAGGAUCUAUAGAUAGGUAUACUAUAUACCUGGAUAUCAACUCUAUGGGAACCUAUGCCUGUCAAGCAACAAAUGAAGUUGGUUCAACUCAAAAACAAAUUCUUCUUGCAGAAUUUGCCUUGAGCGAGAAACCAAUAGAACUGGAUUCCAAUCCAAGAAAAGAGAAACAUGAUUAUGCAGGACGUCAUGGAGGCGGUCGAAGGGUUGGACCAGGAGGUCGUCAUCGAGGUGCUGGGCAUCCAGAGGGUGGGGAGGCAAGUCAUGCAGGAAGCCAUUCAAGGAUAAACUCCGGUUGGAUUAUUGAUACUCACAGAAAAAGGAUCACCGUAACAUCAGUUUCAGAAGGUGUGCUGGAUGAUACCAAUGUUCCCUUGUAUAGUGGCGGCCCUCCUGGAAAAUAUGAGUUUAAUAUAACCUACUCUACCCUCUGUAUGAUUCUAUUUUAUUACUAG